AGUUCACUCAAACUAUCAAUGCGGGACGAACAGAAUGCACUUUAAACAAUCUCAAACCAGCAACAUCAUACAAAGUUCAGCACUACAACCAGUCACCUCACCAACAAAACUUCAAGUAAUUCACAUAAAUAAUUUAAAUUAUCGAAUAUCAUGGGUACAACCGACGACAACUCUGGAUAAAAUAACACGAGAUGUGGACAAAUACUCAAGUCGUUGUGCAACUGUCAAUAAAUUAAAGCGAAAUUCAACUAAAUAUCGAAUAAUGUGGGCACCAAGAAUUCAUGAACCAGUGGAUGAAUCAAUGUAUAAUGAUGAAAUCGGUUUCAGUCCGAUAAUGGAUUUACAACAGAUUGAUGUCAGAGUAAUAGAUAAGGAUCAAACAUGGAUUAUAUUAAACCAACUGAAACCCAACACACUUUAUAUUGUACAUGUACAAACUUUGCUUGUUUCACAUAACGGUAUGGAGAGGGAAAGUGAUCCAGUCUCUGUUUAUUUCACAACAAUUUGUGAUAAACAAAUGAAAAGUUCUUAUUCAGGUAAAUACAGAUCUCGGAAUUUCGCUUCUCAGUGUCCGGCAGCAGUAUUCACCUAUGCUCAGUUGUUUAUUAUAUUCUCACUUCUUGGCAUUUAUCUCUUGUAA